GUGAACGCCGAAUCACAGCGAAGUCAACAGCCAGGCGGAUGAACUGGACCUAGAUCAACAAAUGGAGACUGAAAAACUGGAUGGAUACUGCGUAUAAAGGAGGAAGUGUUUGCCUUAAUGUGUGUGUAUCUCUGCAUCAGAGCUACGAGGAACCCACGGGGAGGCGAGGGAAAAUAGCGGACAACUCAUUCGUCUCCCUUGGAAUCAGAGCUGUGAGCCAGAACAGAGUCAACCGUGGGACUCGCUGGGAUUUUGAAUAUAAUCUCACGCCGGUGUGUGUGUGAGUCAGUGUGUGUAAGCUGAUAAUAGCAGCUCCAUUGGUAUUCAGCGGAGGGAGCUCCAGGAUCUCGCUGCGCCUUUUCCCCGGGAUGGGAUCACAGAGCAGGGAUUGUGCUUGCCUGAGGAGAGCCCGCUGAAAUGGGGUCAAAACCUGGGAGCGGUGGUAGCCGAAUGGGCAGCGUGGACACCAACAUGUUCCCUUCAGCAGCCAGCUUUCCACACCUGACCAUAUCCAGCAUCUCCAGCCGUCCGCUGCAGCCAGCGCUGAGCCUGCAGAGUUGAGGUUGGGGUUGCCUGGAGCCGUCUGCAGGAAGCAGAGAUAAACAGUCCUCGGAGGAGUCGACGUGCCACCAGCCAGUCAGUGCAUCAAGCAAUUAAGCUGCUUGAACUUCAUCUGAAAUGAAAUAUGAUGCUUGAGCAGUGGUACGGAGCUUUUGGACGUGAAUGGAUUUAUUGGCUGGAUAUUUCAUUGAAAUUACGACACUUUUGGGCCGCAACUCAGUGCCGGGUCACUUUUUCCAAAUAAGUUUGUGGGCAAAGGCGAGUAAUUGAAAAUCAGCCCCCUUGGGAGGCUAGUUUUUAUUUUUACUUUUGUUUUUUUCCAAAGGAGCAACUUCUGUACCUGAAAUUUCCUGUCCCUUCUCUCGCAUUGCAGAGAAAUACAUUAUGAAGCAGCAUCAUUCUUCUUCAUCCUCCCUCAGUGACGGAGAGGGAAGAGGGACAGACUGUCCAGAAUAGAUAACGAAUAAGGAGACAGCCACUGAGCAAGGGAGGAGGAGGGGGGAAGCAGAAAACAGAGGGACAGGUGGAGAAAAUAACACGAAAGGAGACAGACAGAAGAGAGAGAGCGAGAGAAAAAAAACAGAAUUAACUAGGAUUGUCCAGAGUCCCAUUUUUAGACCUCCUGUAAUUCGUCUGGGGUGUGUUGGAGGGUAGUGAACGCCAUGGGCCGGGGAGGGUCAGGAUUUCAGCCAGACACACUGUCUGGUCUGAAGCUGCUGUCUCUGCGUGUUGGUGUUUGAACUAAACCAUGGCCUGGUAAACAGACACCUGUAAGGACUGACAGAGAAGCUCUGAGACAGAGAGGAAGACAGCUACACAGCCGAAGUGUCAGGCAAAAAAAAGGCAGUAGACAUCCAGAGUUGGCAGAGCCGACGUUCUGCAUUUCAUUGUCAUUCCACUCAGUGUUUUCAGAGGAGGUAAGAAAAAGCAAAGAGGAGCAUCCUCGUGUUUGUGGCUCCUUUAGGAUCCAUCUAAGUCAGUACCGUUGCUCUGAAAAAAGCCCAAUAUACAGCAAAGGGAGGGUUGUUACUAAAAAGGAAAUCCAGGUUGGAAAGAGAGAGAGGGUGGGAGGCAGACAGAAGCGGAGCGAGAGAGCAGGUGUCAGAAAUCCUCCCCUUCAUCUGCUUGUCAUUUACUCCUUUAUGCUCGCUCGUCGUUUGGCACAGUGAUUGAUUUUCUGACGCCGGCGUUACUCCUCCUAUAAGCCCUCUGCAGUCCCUGGGUGCAAGCAAGACAGAGGAGAGCAGAAAAAGACCACAACAACAACAAAAAAGGGAAAAGAUGGAGCCUUUUUCAUUGACUGGUUUUUCACUCCCUGCUUUUCCAGUUUGUCGAGGUGGCCUCUUGUUAUUUCUUCUCUGAGUAAAGCAAAAGAAGAAAAACACGCACCAAAUCAAUCCCUCAUUCUGUUUGUACUCAAGAACUGAAUCUCCCCUCUCAUCGACUGUUCCUCUACAUGGAUUACCUUUUCCUCUGAGUUUUAAACACUGGCUAGCUCCAGAUUUCCUCCCCUCCAGUGACAAACUCCUCUAACUCCCCCCGCCAGCAUCCAUGCCCCCUCACCCGCCGGCUGAGGUGCAGAAACUCUGUGCGCUCGAAUCCUAGCACCCUCGUUGACUCACCACUACAUCUAUAGUAUGGCACGGCCCCUCUGAAACUGUCUGAAUCAUUCUGUGUUGGUACAGGCAGCCAGCAGACCGUUCUCCAUGAGUAGCAGUAGAAGAUGCCGGCUCUGCCAGCACUGCUGCUGUCAAUACGCUUCCUCUCCUUCCUGCUAGUCACGAUGCCACCACUCUCCCUCAGUCAGGCCCCUCUGCUCUCCUCUGUCCGCAUAGCUGCCAUUCUGGAUGACCAGUCUGUGUGUGGGCGCGGGGAGCGGCUGGCGCUGGCCCUGGCCAGGGAGAACAUCAACAGCGUGAUAGAGGGUUCAGUGCAAGCCCGAGUGGAGGUGGACAUAUACGAGCUGCAAAAAGACUCCCAGUAUGACACUACCGACACCAUGUGCCAGAUUCUACCCAAAGGCGUCGUCUCUGUGAUCGGUCCAGCCUCCAGCCCCGCCUCCGGCUCUACUGUCAGUCACAUUUGUGGGGAGAAAGAGAUCCCUCAUGUAAAAAUUGGUCCAGAGGAAACUCCCCGCCUGCCUUACCUGCGCUUUGCCUCAGUUACUUUGUACCCCAGCAACGAGGAUCUGAGCCUGGCCAUAGGCUCCAUCUUACGCUCGUUCAGCUACCCGUCUGCCAGCUUGGUCUGUGCCAAGGCUGAAUGCCUGCUGAGGUUGGAGGAACUCGUUCGUCGCUUUCUCAUCUCGCGGGAGACGCUGUCCGUCAGGAUGCUGGACGACAACCUGGACCCCACGCCCCUCCUAAAGGAGAUCCGUGACGACAAAGUAGCCACCAUCAUCAUUGACGCCAAUGCUUCUGUCUCUUAUCUCAUCCUCAAGAAGGCAUCAGAGCUGGGAAUGACAUCAGCAUUUUAUAAGUACAUCCUCACCACCAUGGACUUUCCCCUCCUGAGACUGGAUGACAUUGUGGAUGAGCAGUCCAACAUCGUUGGAUUCUCCAUGUUCAACACCACACACCCGUUCUAUUUGGAGUUCAUCAGGAGCCUGAACCUUUCAUGGAGGGAGGGCUGCGAUUUGACGUAUCCCGGCCCAGCGCUCUCUUCAGCGCUGAUGUUUGAUGCCGUCCAUGUGGUUGUGGGGGCGGUCAGGGAAUUGAACCGCAGUCAGGAAAUUGGAGUAAAGCCCCUGAGCUGCACCUCGCCUCAGAUCUGGCAACACGGGACCAGCCUCAUGAAUUAUCUUCGCAUGGUGGAGUACGAUGGCCUGACCGGGCGAGUGGAGUUCAACAGCAAAGGUCAGAGAACCAACUACACCCUCCGGAUCCUGGAGAAACACAGAGGAGGCCACAAAGAGAUUGGGAUUUGGUACUCCAACAACACUUUGGCAAUGAACUCCACCAGUUUGGAUAUUAAUGUCUCAGAGACGCUGGCGAACAAGACCCUGAUUGUCACCACCAUCUUGGAGAACCCAUAUGUGAUGCGCAAGGACAACUACCAGGAUUUCGAGGGAAACGAGCAGUACGAGGGUUUCUGUGUUGACAUGCUGAGGGAGCUGGCAGGCAUCUUAAAAUUCUCCUUCAAGAUCAAGCUGGUGGAUGAUGGGUUAUAUGGGGCCCCGGAGCCCAAUGGCUCUUGGACCGGCAUGGUAGGAGAGCUGAUCAACAGGAAAGCGGACCUGGCUGUGGCAGGCUUCACCAUCACAUCAGAGAGAGAGAAAGUUAUCGACUUCUCUAAGCCUUUCAUGACCCUGGGGAUCAGCAUCUUGUACCGAGUUCAAUUGGGUCGAAAGCCAGGCUACUUCUCCUUCCUGGAUCCUUUCUCUCCAGCUGUCUGGCUCUUCAUGUUACUCGCCUACCUGGCUGUCAGCUGCGUGCUCUUCCUGGCAGCAAGGUUGAGCCCCUACGAGUGGUACAACCCUCACCCAUGUCUGCGGGAGCGCAGGGACAUGCUGGAGAACCAGUACACACUGGGAAACAGCCUGUGGUUCCCCAUUGGCGGCUUCAUGCAGCAGGGAUCAGAGAUAAUGCCCAGAGCCUUGUCCACCAGAUGUGUCAGCGGUGUGUGGUGGGCAUUCACGCUGAUCAUCAUCUCCUCCUACACGGCCAACUUGGCAGCCUUCCUGACCGUUCAGAGGAUGGAGGUUCCCAUCGAGUCUCCAGAUGAUUUGGCUGACCAGACCAACAUUGAGUACGGCACCAUUCAUGGAGGAAGCACCAUGACUUUCUUCAUGAACUCGCGGUACCAGACGUACCAGCGCAUGUGGAACUACAUGAACUCCAAACUGCCCAGCGUUUUUGUGAAAAGCACAGAGGAGGGAAUCGCCCGUGUUCUCAACUCCAAGUAUGCCUUCCUGAUGGAGAGCACCAUGAACGAGUAUCACCGCGGCCUCAACUGUAACCUCACACAGAUCGGAGGACUGCUGGACACCAAGGGCUACGGCAUCGGCAUGCCGCUGGGAUCUCCAUUCAGAGAAGAGCUCACACAGGCCAUCCUCCAGCUGCAUGAGAAUAACAGGCUGGAGAUCCUGAAGAGGGGGUGGUGGGACGGAGGCCAGUGUCCCAAAGAGGAGGACCACCGUGCCAAGGGUCUGGGCAUGGAAAACAUUGGGGGCAUCUUCGUGGUGCUGAUCUGCGGCCUCAUCAUCGCCGUGUUUGUGGCUAUUAUGGAGUUUGUGUGGUCGACGCGCCGCUCGGCAGAGACUGAUGAGGUAUGCCCCCAUACCUGCCCUCGCCGACCCCACAGACACACCCCAGUGUCUGUUUGUCAAGAGAUGAUCACCGAGUUCAGAAACGCCGUCUCUUGUAAGAAGAGCUCCCGCAUGCGCCGCAGACGACCCCUGGGCAGCUCGGCGGCCCUGCGACACCCGACCCGCAUCGCGCUCGGAGCCCCCCGGCCGCUGCGCCUGGUCCGGGAGAUGCGGCUCAGCAACGGGAAGCUGUACAGCGGCGCCGGCCCCCUGACCGGUGGGGCGGGAGGGACAGGACUGCCCGAUCUGGGCCCCGGGCCCCAAAGGAUCCUAGAUGAUCCGCUCGGAGCAAACACCACCCCACCUCCGCCGGCCCCCACGGCUGUGGUGCUGCCCGCCCGCAGCUGCAGCCACGUGAGGAUCUGCCAGGAGUGCAGAAGGAUCCAGAGCCUGAGGUCCGGUAGCUGUUUGGGGUCAGCGUCCACAAGAAUACCGCCCACCUCUGCCCCGCUGCCGAGGCUACCUCCACCCCCACCGCCGUCCUCGUCCAACACAGACAGUGAGGGUGGAGGGGGGACCAGUCCGAGGCGGCAGCAGCGCCACAGCCCUCCGCCUCCGUCACCUCGUCGCAUCCCCGCCCCCCCACAGAGCAGCAACACCACGGACCUGCUGGGAGACCAAGAGGGAGUGUAGGAGCGCUGGGUGGGUGAGAGACUCAGGAAUGGGUGAGGAGGUGGAGGAACACAAACUCUAAGUUUCUCCAGUUCACCCUGAGGCGUACAGAUACAGAACCGACUUUGUGAUGGUCAAAUAUUAGGCUGCUGUUUUUGGCUCAGAAGGAAAUUUUGGACAAAUCUGAGAGGAGUUUAAUUUUCUCCUCUCGCUUCUCCUUCAGUUCUGGGUUUCUUUCCCAGAGACUCUGCCGGAGGUUAACUCGCCCUUUUGGUAAAACUGAAGCCGAACUGGAGGCUUAGAAACAGCAACAAAAAAAGACUUCCAGAGAAUUAUUUACUGUUUUUUUUUUCUUUUGUUGUCUUUGUUUUGUUACCAUUGUUCUAAGUGGGAAUAAAUACAGGCUAUGUGUAACAUUUUGGUGGACUGUAACAUUCUAAGUGAAUUGACAACGGCUAAUUUUUCCAACAUUUUUGUGUCCCUCCCUGAUCCCUGAAGCUGCUCUUUGGAUGAUGCUGUGAAAGUCUGAUGAAAUCAUUUAAGGCGACACGCAGUGGCUAAAAGCUACAUAGUUUACACACUCCUGUUAAAACUCCCGGUUUUUCAGAAUAUUAAAAUUUAAACCACGAUGAGCCAUUUCCAAACUUUCUCCAUCCAUAAUGGGACAUUUAUCCCAUGAAGUUUUACUGAAAUAUAAACAAAUCUCUUACACAGAAAGUUAUAAAAGAUUAAAUAGGUGACAGUAACCUGGCUGCAUCAACUGCACACUUAUAAUCUAAUACAUUAAUCAUUAAUAAAUACAAUAAAUUUUAGAUGAGAACUCAAGCUUGUUGCAAACUUUUUGCUCCCCCCAUUUGUCUUCUGUGGCUAAAUUUCCUCAAAUGCAGCUCAGGUUUUUGUCCAUGUCAAUUAAAUUAUAGACAAUUUCAAAUAUUGGUAUGCCCUCAAAACCUAUAAGCUAAAGAUGAUGUGCAAAGUUCUGUGUAAGCCAGAUGAGAAAUCAGAACUAAAUCUGAGUCGUUUUGUAAGGUUACUGCAGAGGGCAGAUUUGGAGAAUCUUUCAGCAUCUUUAGGUAAAGAUGUGAGAUGCAAAUAGAUUCCCACCAAAGAAAACUGGGUGCUGAAGUUCAGUCAAAAGGUAUCUCAAAACACUAGAUUACCUUCGUGUAAACACUAAUGCAACAUGAUUAUUGCACAUUUUUUUUAAUCAACCCAACAGAUCUGUUUGGUUUUCAGUUAAUCUGAACAGGAUGUAUUGUAUGUCACAUUAAAAUUGGGGGUGGGAGGGAUAUUUGGAAAUUAUUCAUCAUUAUCUAAAUUUUUCAAAUGUUAACUAGGAGUGUGCGCACUUUUUUUUAAAACCACUGUGCUGCGAACACUGGCACAGAAAAGUGUGUGUAAUUUGUAUGAAUCUUGUAAGUCUGUCCCUAACUGCUCUAAAUGAACCAUGUGUUCAACAUCAAAACCCUUCUACAGAUGUUAGUUAAUCAGACGGCUCCAAAAAGUGAAGAGAGAGCAGCCAAGAACCUUUGAAGUGUGAAAUUAAUCUCCCUCGUUAUCCUGAGUAACAUUCGCCAAACCUUUACUCUUUCUUGCCUUUGUUUAAAAAGCAUAGAUGAGACGGACGAGGCGACGCAGGGAAACGGAGCAGAGAAAUAAAAAGAUGGAAAGAGCCGGGGAGUAAAACUGACACUCUUAAAUUAAAAUGAGAAAUGUGUCCCUCAACUUCUUCCAUCGUUACGACUGUCCUGAUCUGUUAAUUCUGGGCAUCUUUUAAGGGCCUUGUUAACGUGCCAGCAGGCUGCAGCACUGCUUACUGUUCAACACGCUAACUUGGCCGUCCACAUUAGCAAUUCCUGCCAGAGCGAUGGGCUCAACUUAACCGCAUCAAUAGUGUUUCAAGCUUUUGAUCGCUUAAUCAGCUCCCUCUGUGGCGAGGGACUCAUUACGGAAACUUGCUAAUGAUUUUGAGCAUAACUCUAAAUAUUAAUUUAUGUUGGCGACCUCAAAUGUCAAUAAAAGCUGUUUAAAGUCUCUGCUAAAUUUAAUCAUAACCCUGGUAAAGAUGAGUCAAAGGCAAUCAAAUUAAAUUAACAUUUUUAUUGCAAUGGGAAAUCCCACUCAUUUAAAAAAAUUAAAAUAAAAAAUCCAAUCUUUAAUUUGAGUACUGAGUUGGGGGGAAAGCGUCUGGGCUAAAAUGUUUUAAUGGCAUACACUAUGAUGGACCGGUUGGGAUUAGGGAUCGCUACCGGGCUGAAAAAUGCAAAUGCCUUUGACCCCCGUCCAAAAUGCUUGAAACUGUCUAUUUUAAUAGUUCAAACACCAAAUAAACCCUAAUUAUUAUACAGUGGAAAUCCUCUUAACCCUACUAGAGAAGCCAACAUCCAGAGUCUUCCUCAUCUCCGCUCUUGGAGGCGCCAAGGAAAAUAAACGGCAUUCCUGGAUUGGCUAAUUAGCCAGCCAAUAGCAUGUCAAGUAGCAUUACACAAAGAUAUCGCAGCUCUCCAAUCCGUACCUUCUUUCAAAUAUUUUUAAUAUAUGCUCUACAAAAAUGUGUGAAUAGGAAGAUUUUUCCACAAAUAAUUUGGAUUCAGAUUCCAUAGAAAAAGAUCACAAACAGGUGAAUACUGAACCUCAGAUAGGUUGGGGUCCACAGUAAAAGUAACUUGAGCCUUUCUUAAAUAAUAAUAAAUGAAUACCCUUAUUUUUUUAGCUGCCUCUAGGCUUUAUGAUGGUGCUAAGAUUGAUGUAUAAGCCAAUCAACUCUCCCAGUUGCUAAUUGUUAAAAGUAGGUUGGAGAAAAUUUUAAAGGUUGGAUUUUUCUUAAUUUGUCAGUGCGAUUAUGACUAAGUUAAAAAGACCAUCGUGAUAAUCUUCCUGUUGUCUCCAGAUGCCAGAACUUUCUUGAUCCAGCUGAUUGUUCACAGGACCCAGCUGGCUGCAGGUGUUUUGGGUUUUCUGUGUUAAAAUCGAGCUUUCGUGACUCUGUCUUUUUCAUCCUGAAAGUCUGCAGCCUGCUGUGCAAACGCUUUCUUCGGCUCUUUGAGCUAUCGGAGUGUGUUAGAGGGACGUCGUCCAGCUGGGACGAUGCUUUGUCUGCAGCAGUGUUUGUGUCAAUGUCCCAUCUCCAGGAACACUGCAGGGACAAAACAUUUCCCAGCAGAACUUUGCACUAUAACGAGGUGAUCAAUGUUAUUAACUUCAUCCAUUUGACUUUAAUGUUGUGGUUGAUCUAUAUAUAGGCAGGGUCCUCAAAGGGAAUGCACUGGUGGGUUUUUAUCUUUUUCUCCUGUCACUUAAAUCACUACACAUUGAAGGUCACUGCUAAUGUGUUGUCAAGAACUCAUUUCAACCUUAUUUACACCAGAUAUCUGUAAAACUAUACAUAAUUAAAGAGAUAUCAGUUUGUUUCUGUUUAAGGAACACUCCAACUAGAGUGAUUUUGUUUAAAACUUUACUCAAAAGAAUCUAUUUUUAAUACAUGACUGCAUUCAGAGUCACUUAAAUGCUUUUUUUUUUUACCAGCAAAUUUGUUCUGCUCCUGAAAGUUGUCCUCAUUUAUAUGUCAUCCCCUUCACUUUAGUAACAUCUGCUAAACGCUGCAGCUCACAGCUGUUUAAGGUUCCUCUUGUAGGUUUUGAGUCAAACAUGAAGAAAGGUUUGAGCUGCUUAUUCAUCUAAACUUUUUUGCAUUAAAAUUGCAAAUGGCUAAGAUCAGUUUUAGGUCAAAUCUGUAUGCGCCAUAAACAUUAACAUAGAUUUACAUCGAUUGUCGCCAAGUGAUGGAGGAUCUGAUGGGAAUUAAUGUCUGCAUGAUUAAAAGACCAAAGUUUGCUCUUGUUAACCUUAAAAAUGACAAUGUCAGCAUUUUUCUUCUUUCUUUCAGCUCCUCCAGAUUUUAUUUGCAUUACAUUUUCUCAAAAUGCAACAGACAUUUGUCAAAAACUUCACCAGAAAACCAGACAUAAAACAGGUAGAAAAUCCUUCCUAUAUUUUCUAUAACACUGAUGCCACAGAGACACAUGCAAACAUUAAGUAAAACAACAACACACAAAUGUAAGUUUCAUGAUAAUCUAUUAGUAAUAACCAUUAAUCAUAAUGUAAGCAUAUGACUAACUAUGACAUCUUUAGUCUUGUUCCUGUAGCAAAGGUAUACAUUUUUCAGCCACCAGGCAAUUUUUGUCAAAAGGAAAUAUUGAAAGAUGAGAUUUUCCUGCUAUUAAACUUUUCAUGUGGUGACGUGGAAUCCGGUGUUGUGGUGCACUUAGAGCUGAAGCAGCAUACUUCAUUGUAGGUGCUAAAAGGAUUGUGUCCUGGAAAAUGUUUGUAAAUUACUGUUGGCUUUUGAAAGGACAACCUCAAGUUUGUAGGAGACGGUUUCUUUCUUGUUGUUGAUUCAUCCACUGACUUCAGGCAAGUGAGGUCUGCAGAGCGUUUGAUGUGAUUCUGGGUAGUUUCUGAUGACUCAUUGAUGUGUUCUUGGAGUAAUUUUAGUUGACCUAUCACUCUUAGGAAGGUUAACCACUGUUCAAUGUUUUCUCCAUUUUAAAAAGAGGCUCUCAACUUUAGUUCACAGGAGUCUCAAAUUCUUAGAAACUGUUUCUGGACCAGACAGAUGUCAGUGACUUCGUUUCUUUAAACCCAGGCACUUUAAAAAGUUUUGCUUUUUAAAAACUUUUAGCCUGCUUCAUUUUUUGACAGGUUCUAUUUACAGCCUAGGUGUGCCUUAUGACGCAGUACUCAGCUGUCCAAAAAUGUGGGUAAUUCAUGAUUUAACAAGGUGGGCAAUUAUUUUUUCACACAAGGCCGGCUUGGUUGGAAUAGACUUUUUCCUCUUCAGAAAUUAAAUCAAUACUUGACAACUGAUGGGGUUGUCUUUUUAAAUUUCUGAUCUUACAUGCAGAUAAAAAAAUAAAACAGAAACAAAUCUGGGGGACAAAUCCGUUUUUGAGCUGACAUGAAUUAAAACGUACUCCAUCUAUGUAAAAUCACCUCUGUUGCACCAGAUACGUUUUUUCUAAUUAAGCAUAAAUUUCAAAAACAGGAACAAAUAACUUCAUGUACUUCAUCACAAAGAAAUAACAGUCUGAUAAACAUGUAACCUCUUGUCACUUCCGUUUUAUGUCGCUCUAUUAUUGGUGCUCUCUAAAGUGGAUGAUUUAACGGUUAUGAAACCUGCUACCUAUUCCUUCCUUCCUGUGACUCACCGCUUAAAUGCUCGUAUGAAGUCCCGUAAAGUCAGGCUACUUCUAAAAGUCUUUGUUUGUGUUGUUCAAUCAACAAUGAUUCAACAUUUUAAUGGAGACUAAAGUAUUUUCCGGUCCUCCUGCUGUUCUCUCUGUGGGGUUUUCAAUUAUUUUAAGGACCUGGAAUAUAGAGAACACUUCACCCUCAGUUCUAGGAGGCAGUUGUUCUGCUGCUGCUUCGCUCAGAAACAUCAAUAUGCAGGAUAUGGACAGAUGAAGAGUCCAGAGAGAGAUCAAGCUUUUGUUUCAACACUCCUGAAACAACGGAGAUCUGAGGCAGUUAGCUGUUCAAACAGCUAAAGCCUUGAGGCUUUUCAUGACUCCCAAGGCUGUUGAAGGUGAUAGUUGUACGUCUGUGUUUACACUGAAUCUCUAAAAGAGGGAAACAGAGCUUGAGAUGAUCUGCCAGAACCACCAGUCCACCCUUUAGGAAUCCUCCUGAAAAACGCAGCAUUGCAAAUUAUUCAUUUUGCUGAUUCGUUGACACCUUUGUGCUGCAGAUAAUGAGUGAUAACAUUGUUUGCUCGCGUUACGGCCUUUCUCUGAAUGAUCGGUGUCAGCAGAACCGGGCCAGGUUCAGUGUUUCUCUCUUUAUCUGUUUACUUCUUCUUUUGUGUCCUGAAUGCUGACAAGGCAGCCUGAGCUAAAACGCUUCCUCAAGUCACCACAGUGAACACAUACAAACAAAAACUCUUUCAUCCACGGUAUCUGUAUCUCACUUCUCUUUGUUGUCUGAAUUGUAAAACCACACUGGCUGUUCCUCGUGUUUGCAACUUUAUUCCUAGAUUUGCUUUAAUGUCUUUAGCUUAAAUGUUUUCAGCAAACAAUAGAACCAUUCAGCUGGUUACUGACGGCGUUAAAUCAUCUGCUGGCAGUAUUUUAGAGCUGCAGUGUAUCGGGGUGGGGGAAAGGUUGCUGGUAUGAAUCCCAAAGGGAAGGGAGUGAUUACAAAAUGAACAAAAAGAGGCGAUUACUCCACUGAAUGAACAAACAAACAAAAAAAAAUCACAUUUGUUUACUUUUAUGUUCUUUUUCUUUAGUAGUUUUUUCAUGUUUCUAUACUAGUGCUAAAUGGAUUAUUAAAAGUGAUUAAUAUUCUGAUUAAAUUGUUAUUAUUCCUAUUGAAAUACUUGAGGCUCUGCUGUGUGAUUGGAUGACAGGAAGAUGUUUGAUUGUCAUGAUGUCCCUCAGACAGAUAAGCCUGUUGUUCAAAUCUAUAAAAGAAACAAGAGGUUUUUUUUUAUUAAAAAAAUAUUAAAACAGUCCAGCUGUCAUGUCUUUGCUUUUCAGCUGGAAAAUUAAUUUCUGUAGAUUGCUCAUAAAGGUAAUCAGAAAAGAUUGUUUAAAUUACCACCAGUCACCUGUAAUCAAAACAAACAGAAAAACAUACGACACACUGAUUAGCAGGACAUUUUUCUUGUCACCAGUUGAGCAGAACUGUAUUAACUUGCAUUCAUCUUUAAUGAAGCUGAAGAAAUCCUGGAAGAAAACUUAUCAGAGGUUUUCUUUGCUAUGGUUGAGCUACUUUGCAAUAAAUAAGCAGAACAGUCAGACAUUAGAUGUGCAAAUCUCAUACAGUCAUGAAGAUGACAGAGAGACUACAACUACAGUAAGAGUCUGAUUUUGUUUUGUCUUUUUCUUUGAAGCUCUAGACAGAUAAAAAAAGUCUCACCUCUGAUCAGCUGGCUAGUUUGUUGGGUGCCUCCAGUGUGUUUGAGGUUUAAAGAUUGUGUCACAACUUGCAAUUUUACCUCCAAAAGCAUGCAGGGAGUUCAUGAAACUAAAUCAGACACACAAACUGCUUCUGACAAAACAUUAAUUCUUUUCUUAUUUCAAUUUCCCUGCCAAUUUAUUAUACAAGGUUACGAGCUUGCUGUGUAAGUACAUAAAUGUUUAGAUGAAAUCUGGGCCUAUUGAGAAACACAAAGUUGAUUAAAUAUGUUGUCUGUUUAUAUAAUUGCAUGUAAAUGUGUCCCAGUCUAGUCAGUCUUUGCACAUGUACAGCACACAGAACCCUGGAGUCCAAUUAGGUGUAAUGAGGGAAAAGACAAGUACCUGACUCAAAGUGGUCACUGCAGAACCCCCAUCUUUUCCAGUUAGCAGGACAUGAAUCUUUGAUUUAACUAAUUUAGAGACAAACCCUUCCUCUGCUUUUAGAACAUGGCUGCAUUAUCCAAAAUAUAUUAAGCAGUUGCCAUCUAUUUUCAUCCACUCUUAUUAAAAUCUGCUGUACAAACUACGUCACUUUUUGCACCUGUCUCAUAUUUACACAAACAUCUAUUUAUAUAGUUAUUUUUUUAAACCAAACAGUACAAGCUGUGUUUUCUAGCCUUUCACAAGCUGUGUGACAUAAACUGAGA